UUCUUAAGAUCGCAGGCCAAGACCCCGAUGACAUACCUCACCUCUGUCGUGACCCAUAGGCGAUUCUGUUGAGGACCUCGUCUUCCUUUUCUAAAGGAUGAUGCAGUAUAUAAGACGCGGCAGCUGGCCUCAGCCGGUAGCCAUCGUUUUCAAUAGACCGGGAAAUUGACCAGACUUGAGCACCAAACGCCGAAAGCAAGAAUCUUCACGUCUCACGAUGACGAUACUCAUUACUGGAUCGAAUGGCAAGACUGCGAGCGAGUUGACUUCCAUGUUGACGCCACAAUAUCCCGUGCUCAUUGCCACGCGUUCACCAGAUAAAGCAACGAAUCAUCCAAAUGUAAAAUUCGACUGGACAGACAGUACCACAUACAGCAACCCAUUCGAACACGAGCAGGCCAAGAACUCACCCAUAACCGCCGUGUAUCUUGUGGGUCUCGAAAGCGACAACCGCGGCGAGCUCCUCAUCUCCUUCGUCCACCUGGCAGUCUCCAAAGGCGUUCGUCGCUUCGUACUCCUCUCCUCAGCAGAAAUUGAAGAAGGUGGCCCACUAUUUGGACAAGCUCAUGGGGAACUACACAAACUCGGCGAUGAGGGAAAGCUCGAAUGGGCUGUCCUUCGCCCACAUUUCUUCAUGGAGAAUUUCAUCGAGCGAGGCUAUGGUGGAUACCAUUGGCAGACCAUAAUGGAACAAGGCAAGAUAUUCAGUGCUGCUGGAAAAGGCAAGAAACCGUACAUCAGCACGACAGAUAUCGCCGCCACGGCGUACAGAGCACUGGUCGAUGAGAAGCCACAUAAUGCCGAUUUGUAUAUCACCGGACCGGAGAGUCUCACAUAUGAUGAUAUCGCUGCCAUCUUCAGCGAAGUACUCGGAAGAAACAUCGAACACGUGAGCCUCACUGGUCACGAACUAGCCCAGACUCUAGUCAAAGUGGGCGGUGUUCCCGAGGACUUUGCAGCAAUGCUGGGCGAAAUCGAUGAGAAGGUUGCAAAAGGUCAUCAUUGGGAGAAGACAGAUGUGGUAGAAAGGGUGACUGGUCGACCAGCGCGGACCUUCAAGAACUUCGUAAUCGAGAACAAGAACUUAUUCGCACAGACAGCCUGAGCACGGCGCUGGAAUAAUCCAUGACUGGCAAAACGAUUGAUCAAGGGCCAAUACGGUUGUGCAAAAAAUUCAACAUGGUCAGUCACUACGACAAAAGUCAUUCGAGAUGAGCCAAAAAGGUCGACACCAGAAUCGAACUGAUAUCUCCGGAAAGGACUGAAGCGUCAGAAUCCGACGUGAUGGCCAUUACACUAGUCAACCCCAGCUGGGUGUUUGUUGGAGUAGGAGUGAAGGGAUUUUGUGACAAUAUGAGCGUUUGUGUGGGCCCUUUGGCCGAGGUUUUGCCGCUGCUACUUUGACCUCACUCACUGGACAAUAGUGAUGUUUGAAAACUCACAAGUCAACAAGAGCAUUCAUGCGCAUUGCUGCCAACAAUACUAGAGGUCGUCAAAAGAAUACGGAAAAUGAGCCAAAU